AUGUUGAAACAGAUGCGAAAGUUAACCGUGGAGUUGGCCGAGAUCGCGGGGAAGGAGAAGGACGGAAUUAUUCACAGAACAUUUGCGCAUCAAAAUUCCAGCGCCGACAGAAAAGAUAUCUCUAAAAACGACUCUUUCCCCGAGUACGUUCAGAAACCAUUCUUCACGUUCGAAGUCCUCCACGAAUCGAAACGGUCUCGGGCGAGAGCGUGCAAAAUAACGACUCCGCACGGGACGAUUUUUACGCCAGCUUUUGUCGCGGUUGGCACGCAAGGCGCGUUGAAAGCGGUGCCGCAUUCGGUAUUGGACGAUGCCAACUUGGACUUGAUGUUUGCGAAUACCUACCAUUUGUUGCUCCAACCAGGACACGAGCAUUUACAAAAAGCCGGAGGAAUACACAAAUUUAUAGGGAGAAAUAGACCAACUAUUAGCGAUAGUGGCGGGUUUCAAGUGUUUUCAUUGGGUUUGGAUGCGGAUGAGUUGGAUGAGAGCAAAUCCCCUAAUAAGAAUAACAAUGAUGACAAAAACAACAACAACAACAACGGCGAACGCAACCACGUCGGCACCGGGACGAAGGAGUUGAAGAGUCGAGGGAAAACGAAGCAUAAGCAGCAGAAUUUAUUGGAAAAAGUAGAUGAAGAUGGCGUGACGUUUCGUUCGUACCGCGACGGGACGACGUUGAAGUUGACGCCAGAGUCGAGCGUGCAAGCGCAAAAGAACAUCGGAUGCGACAUUAUACUUCCUUUGGACGAGUUGACGAAAUACGAUAUCAGUUUACAAGAGCUCUCAGAGUCAGUAGAUAGGUCGCACAGAUGGGAGACGCGGAGCUUAUACGAGCACUUGAAGAAUGUGAAAGAGCAGGCAAUGUAUGCCAUUAUUCACGGCGGCGUGGAUGAGAGGUUGAGAAAGAAGAGCGUGGAAUAUUUGACGAGUUUGCCUUUUGACGGCUACGCGAUUGGUGGGUCGUUAGGGAAGAACAGGGAAGAGCUGAAAGAACUUUUACAGUUUUUGAUGCCAAUCAUUCCGAGGGAUAAACCGAAUCAUUUACUUGGAAUUGGAGAUUUGCCGUCUAUUGCGCACGGAGUACGCAUGGGCGUGGAUUCGUUCGAUAGCGCGUACCCGACUCAAAUCGCUCGACACGGGACGCUUUUGUCCGAGAAUGGGCCAGUAAAUUAUAGAAAAUCAGAAUAUAGAGAGCAUUUCGGCAAACCUGCUGAAAUAUUAGGAAAUAGUAGUGGCGACGACGAGUGCAAGUGUUUAUUGUGCAGAAAACACUCGCUCUCGUAUUUAGCGCAUCUGGACAGGGCAAACGAACCCAUGGCAUGGAGCCUCGCGACGGAGCACAAUUUACAUUUCAUGGGACGUACGAUGGAAAGGCACAGACAAGCUAUAAUGAACGAUGAGAUAUGA